UUUCCGCCCCUCAACUCCACGUCGUCGUCCACACAUAUCUGUGACUCCCCAAUUCUUUCCUAUCACCCUAUCCAAUACACAAUGGCCCAAGCUGGAGGUUGCGUAUGCGACGGCAUCCGUUACACGAUUGAAGGAGAGCCUGUGGCCAAGGCACUCUGCCACUGCAAGGAUUGCCGGAAAAUUUCUGGCUCGACCUACAGCACCAACGGAGUAUACCCCAGCAGUGGCUUCAAAGUCACCAAAGGCGAGGCCAAGACACAUUCGACCAAAGGUGACUCGGGCAAUACCAUCACCUCUUACUUCUGCCCUGACUGCGGAUCCACUAUGUGGCGUGAUGGGGGUGCUUUCCCCGGGAUGGUGAUCGUCAAGCUCGGCACGCUGGAUGAUCCCAAAGCCCUUGAAAACCUCAAGCCUGUGAGGGAGCUAUAUGCCUCGGGUCGUGUAUCGUGGGUCUCAGCUCUUGAGGGAGCUGAGCAGAAGGACAAGAUGUAG